AUGUGGAUCUCUUCGAGACCUCGAACGGGAAUCAGGGUGAACGGACAACCGAUAGAACUCGUCGAUGAGUUCUGUUACCUGGGCUGUACGCUGAAGAACAACAACAGCUACGAGAGAGAUGUUCAGCAAAGAUGCGCUAAGGCCACUUCCGCAUUUAACUCUUUAACGAAAUGCCUGUGGUCGACCCCCAUCACCAACGAAGUUAAGCUGCGAGUCUACCUAUCCGCAAUUCGCCCCAUCAUGAUGUACGGAUCCGAGAUUUGGACAGCACCAUCAACAGUGAUGGAGAGGCUUGAAUGCACAGAACGAAAGCUGUUCAGACGGCUACUUGGCUACUUUUGGCCUAGGGUAUGCCACAAUGAUUAUCUUUACGCAGAAAUUGAUGUGGUAUAUCGGCGGAUGACACGUGGAAGAUAUCAACAUCUUGCACCGCCAUCGAAAGUGGCUAAAGUAAAUCGUCUUCGCUUCUUUGGUCAUAUAUUAAGGAGACCGGCAGAUCGCCUUGUUCAACGAGUUCUGAGGAAUUUGCCGGGUUCAAGCUGGAAGACGCCACCUGGCCGAAAACGGAAGUUCUGGACUGAGGUGGUGAAAGAGGACAUGAGGACACUCGGCGUGGAUAGACAGUACAGGCGAGAUAUAGAGGGAGAUUCCAAUGUCGAUACCGUCUUCAAGGAUGUCUCAACUGCAGUCGAUCGCGCACUUUUAAUUCGAGGACUCAAUAUCUCACUUUGGUUGCCUUUCGACGACGCCGAGCUUCGCCAUGCCUCUUUCACCACUUCAGUCAAUCUCUUCCGCUUUCUACCAGAACAUGAAGGCGGCAGACUGCAAAAAUCGAAGAGAUACGUUGCUGCAAAUGAAUGA